GAAGCAAUUACGAUUGAUCCACGUUCUAUUCCCAACUUUCUGUUUGGUUAAAAAAAAAAAAAAAAAAAAAAAAACCCCUGAGGUAUCGUAAAAGAAACGGGCUUUCAGAGUCUUUGCUUUUCAAGUUGUUUAUCUGUUUAUCUGUAUCUGAAAUUGUUCUUUGCUAUCUUAUCGGAUCAAAAUGGCCAAGAAAUUGAAAUGCGAAUGGCAUCACGAGUUGUAGAAUGAAAGAAGAAAAGCAAGAGGAGGCUGAGGCCUGGGAAGGCUGUUUCUAACUUUUGACCAGAGAUUGUAAUGCUUUGUCACUUUGCAGCCAGGAGAGCCUUUUACUUUUCAUAAGUUGAACAUUAAGUGUGUUAAGAGUCCUGGAUUAUUUGAAAGCUUGAGUUAUGGAAGAUUCUUAUUCUGUUAGCAGCCCCAGAAGAACUCUUAGUGUAUCGAAGAAGGGGGGAGCAACGUUGUCCUUUCAAGAGCCAGAUGACAAGGCAUUUGGAUUUGGGUCGUCUGGAGAAUAUGGUCCCAAAUCUUCAGAAGUUUAUGGAUUUGUAGGGUCUAUCACAACUAUUGUCGCUACAGCAGCUGUAUUUUUGGUAUGGGCAUACGUUCCAGAGUCUUGGCUACAUUCUAUUGGGAUCUCUUACUAUCCUAGCAGGUAUUGGGCACUGGCAGUGCCAACCUACACUAUUAUGGCAAUUGUAUUAGCAUUGGGAUUUUACAUUGGCCUCAACUUUAUGUCCACUCCUCCUCCUACUUCUUUAAAUACAAUGUUCGAUGAAUUCAGUAGAGAACCCUUGGCUUUUAUGCUUUCGCCGGGAGGAGAAGAUCAGCCAAUCGAACCCAUAUCUGAUAUUGGCAUCCACAAAAUCAAUCAUUUCAUGUUUAAUGAUGAAAUGAAAAAGAAAAAGAAAGCAAAAAAAUAAAAUGAAUACCGAACAGGCCCUUGGCUUUCAGUCCAAGUUGAAUGGAACAGGAAGCUGAAAAGAUUCACUUCUACUUUCCUGAAAGCAAUGCAAUAUUGGGGAGAACAUUUUACAAUUACAUUAAUAAACAUAUUUAGAAAUGUGAUUGUAUUCGUAGACUUUCAAUAUAACAAUUCUUCAUAAGAGCGUUUUAAUUUAAAA